GUUGGAGGAGUGGAAAAUUAUCUCCCAAAUUUUUCCGGAUCGGUUGCGUAUUUCAGUUCCCAAAGAUAUUUUUCUUAUUUCUCCAUUUUUUUUCAAUAGUUUGAGUGUUAUUUGGGCGAUUUAUAAUUAUUAAUCUUCGGGCUUUGAGUUUUAUUCCCACCCGCAUUAUGUUUUUUUCCCGGGAGUUGUGCUGUGGCCGGUUGCGGGUGAUUUUCAUAAAUCAUUUUUUAAUUUCCCGAUUAUUUAACCCUCAUUUAUCAUUCUGGUAAGAAAUUAUUAUUUUUUUGGAUUUUUCAAUGUAUUGCGCCCAGUGGACUGCCGACAUGAGAUCCCGGGCCGGCGAAUUAUUGAAAUCGUAACAUAUAUUGCGCCACCAUUUUGGCAGUCAGCGCCACUUUGCUGGAACUAACGUCGCCCCCCUUCGUUAGCCGCCAUUUCCCCCCGUGACGACGCAUUGUGUGUAACUGCGUAGUUGCGAGAGCACGUUCCCGGCUUCUGUGGGUUUCUUUUUACAUUUUUUCGGUUGUUUUUCGCGGUGACGACGCGUAAUAAAUUCAGUUCAGUAGUGGAGAAUAAGUUCUCAAUGUGAAAUUGUUGAUUGGAAUUCAUUGGGUGAGAAAAUAUCACUGGGGAGUCGGAAAAUCACAUUCGGCGUCAUGGCAAUGCUGGCAGAGCCUAAGCGGAAACAAAGAUGGACACUCAACCCGCGAGGAAAACAGUGGAGCGAAGAUUCCAACAAAUUCGGCCAGAAAAUGCUGGAGAAAAUGGGUUGGACGAGCGGGAAAGGGCUCGGAGCCAACGAACAAGGCAUGACCGAGCAUGUGAGAGUGAGAUUCAAGGAUGAUGCAGGUGGCAUUGGUUACUCGAAAGAUGACCAGGAUAAAUACUGGACAGAGCACCAGGAGAGUUUCAAUGAUCUCCUGCAGAAACUCCAAGCAGGAUCAGAAACCCCUGAUGAAAAAGCUCUGGCGGACAGUAAAAAGUCCACUGAUCUCAGUGGAAAGUCCUUGGAAUUGAAGUCUAAACAGAGUCGAGCUCGAGUACAUUACCAGAAAUUUACUCGUGGUAAAGACGUCAACAAAUAUAGCACCAAAGACUUAGCAAAUAUAUUCGGCAAGAAGGACCUCAAAGAGGCUCCAAAAGUGCCCGAGACCCUAGAUCCCUCAUCCUCAGAUCCUUCCGCUCCCAUCGGCGCGGCAGACACCACCGGGGGUGUUCUGACCAUCAAAGGCGGUAGCAUGAGUGACUACUUCAAAUCUAAAUUAGCGAAUUUUCAAAUGACCCCUAAAAAAACCCCAAGAGAUGAAGAGAAGUCGUCGGAGAGUGAAUCUGAAAGGUAUGUAGGUUUUGGUUUCUCGUCUCCAUCGAUUACAUCAUUAUUUUCGCCGGAAAAAUCAAAAUCAAAUUCCGCAAUUGCUGAUAAUAAAACACCAAAGAAACGUAAAUCUGAAUUUUACGUUGAGACUCCUAAGUCAUCAUCGGAUGUAGUUGAAGUGAACCAAAAAAACAAGAAACUGAAACUUUUAGAUGAUUCAGAGAAUCAAAAAUUGGAUUUUAAUUGUCCUGAUUCGGAAAAUCAUGCAGAAACUGAAACAAUUGAAAAUGAAAAUUAUUCUGAGACUCAGAAUGAUAUAACAAUAGUCGAAUUAUCUACAAGCGAAACAAGGAAGUCUAUAAAAAAGAAAAAAAAAGAAAAAUUGAAUUGCGAGUGUUCUGAAAUUGAUGGAAAUUCCGAAAAUUCCAUGAAAGAACCCUCUUCUCCGAAGAAAUCUAAAAAAAAGAAGAAAAAGGAGAUCACGCCAGUGGAAUGCAUUCCUCAGACUUCCCCCUCGAUUCCGACGGGAAAUUCCCUAGAACCUCCCAAGAAGCCCCCUAGAAUUUUCUUGAAGGCUCCAGGAAUUCCCUCGGAUUCUCUAGAUCCUUCCGAUUCCUGCGAAAUCUCAAGGAAAAAUCGUGGGAAAAAUUGCGAAGCGGAAAACCCAGCCUCGUCUCAAAAACAUCUCAAAGAAUCUCAGUCUCAGGAAUCCGGGCUGGUACCGGAGACUCCAGUCUCUGGAAUUGCUUCUGAAACUCCGAAAAAGUCGAAAAAGUCUAAGAAAAAAAAUUCUGAUAAUGAAAAAACAUCGGACGUUCACGAAACACUUCACAGCUUCGUUUUUGAAAAUCUAGCGUUAGAGCUGGAGUCUCCAGUUCCUGAAAGUCCGAAAAAAUUGAAGAAGUCAAAGAAAAAAAAAUCAGGAGAUGAAAAAAAAUCAUCCGAGUCUCGAGACAACCCUCAAAAAUUUGUUUUUGAAAAUCCAGGAUUAGACUUGGAGUGUCCAGAGACUGGAGAGAUCUCGCUGGAAGUGGCCAAGUCCCUAAAGGACCGGAAAAGAAGGAAAAACGAGGAGUUCGAAGGGAUUAUUAAUCCUGCGUUGAAUUUAGAUUCAAAAAUCGAUGAAAAUCCCCUUUCUAGCGGUUUUGAAGUCUCCAGGGAUCCUGGAACAUCUAGAGAGAGUUCCAGCGGUCCCUUGGAGGUCGUCAAAAAGCCCAAGAGAAGGAAAAAAGAGGAAAAGAUCGGGCAUUGCAACCCCUUGGUCACUCCAGACUCAGAAAUCGAUGAGAAUUCCAGGAUUCCCAGAACUGUUGAGGUCUCUAGGGAACCUGGAGUCUCCAACGAUGCUCUGGACCUCUCUGAUGAGUACUCUUGUAAAAAAAGAGUGACUUUUAACGAGGAAAUUGAAUACAACACGGAUUCUUUGAAAAAGAAGAAGAAGAAGAUGAGAAAAUUGGAUAAAUUUGAGGUAGAAAACGAUAAAUUGAAGAAGAAAAAAUUAAAGAAGGAAGGGGAAGGGUCCAGAGAGGUGGUAGGCUAUGUUAAUCCUAUUCUUCAGGAUGAGAUAAUAAGUGAGGAGGUUAUUGAUAAUGAGGAGAAUGAGAGGAAAUGCUUAAAGAAUGAAAGGAAGCGGAAAAGACGAAUUUCUAAUUUAGAGACUAUUGAGGAAAUUCCAGAGGAGGAUGCUAAGGGGGAGGGAGUACUAGGGGUCGCCAAUGGGGGAGAUGAUUGUGAGAUUCCGCGGAAGAAGAAGAAGAAGAAGAGCAAAAAUAAAGAGGACCAGAAUUUCGAAAAUUCCAAGGAAAAUUGGGAGGGCCUGAAGGAGGGAUUAGACUUGAAUAUAAAAUUAAAGGGGAAGGAACAAUUGGAGGUAGUGGGGCAGGGGAGGCAGGAGAUACUUCAGCAGAAUAAUUCUGGAGAGUUUUUUGGUAAUCCGAGGGAGAUGGUGGAUAGGUCCAAGAGAAAGAUUAAGUCACUCUUCAUGAAGAGUCCAAUUCUCUAUUUCGAAGGGUCGAAUAUCAAUGAUAUUAAGGGGUAUGGCGUUGAUAUGUGAUGUCGAUAGAAUUAAUUUUUCCUAAUGAUUGCGAAUAUUCGUCGAUCAUGGGAGCCAUCAAAAUGUAAUUAAUAUAUUUCAAUAAAUGUUUAAAUAAUUUGGAGGUUGAUA